AUGGAAUACCAUUUAUGCACUUCCACAAUCUCUUCUAACCUUAUUCCUUUUUCUUUCCAUCUAAAAAACAAAAGCUGUCUUCAGGAUGCCAUUGAGUAUUUCUGGAACAGAGUGAGCGAUGAAGAACUGCAGGUUCUGCUGACUGAUGAUGAGGCCUGGGAGACUUUUGUGGUAGAGGCCGAUUGGUCCAGGGGUGAGGCAGAUGCACUACGUGCAGUUCUGAACGAGCUGAACAUAGACACGGCCAUGGAGGACAAAGACGUGAUCCAAAAAGACCAACUGGAUAUCAAAGAGUUUUUGAACGAGUUUCCUCGGGUGAAAUGGGAACUUGAGGAGCGCAUAGGAAAGCUCCAUGCGCUUGCCAACAAGGUUGACAAGGUGCACAGGGACUGCACCAUCUCCAAUGUGGUGGCAGCCUCCACUGGCGCUGUGUCUGGCAUCCUGACCAUCCUUGGCCUGGCUUUGGCACCGGUGACAGCAGGGGUCAGUCUGGCACUCUCGGCAACUGGGAUAGGGCUGGGAGUAGCAGCUGAUGUGACAAGUGUGUCCACCAGGAUUGUGGAACGCUCAAGCAACUUGUCCGCAAAAGCUGAAGCCACUCGCCUGGCGUUAAUUGAUAUCGACAAAGGGGAGAUGGUCAAGAAAACUCUAUGUCACAGUGAACCCCAUAUUUUUGCCUUAUCAAAGAAUUUCAUCCAAGUUGUGAAAAAUAUUAAGAAGGUCCAUGCUAUCAAGCUAGCCACAGCCAAACCUCACUUAGCAGACGACGCCAAGCGCCUCAUGACCAUUGGGAGAAUCUCUGUCCACAGGGGCAAGCAGGUGCGGAAAGCUUUUGGAGGUACCGCUCUGGCAAUGACCAAAGGAGCCCGGAUCAUGGGUGCAGCCACUGCAGGUGUCUUCCUUCUGAUGGACGUGGUCAAGCUUGUGAAACAGUCAGUGCAUUUGCAUGAGGGGACAAAGGCAGAGUCGGCUGAAGAGCUGAGGCAGCAGGCUCAGGAGCUGGAGAGGGUGUUGGAGGAGCUCACCCAGAUCUAUGAGAUGCUGCAGUAGGGCCUCAAUCCAUGACCCCCAGAGCACUGCAGGGAGUGGAGACGUGUUCUGGACAAAGGCAUGGAGGUAUCUUAUUAGAGGGAAAAAGAGGGCAAGAUAAACUUUAUGGGAGUGGGUGUUAAGGAGCUUGGCAUUUCUGUCGCUGAACACAACAAGGGAAUGGUUAAUGCAGAUGGCAGGUGAGUCAAAGAGAAUGAAGGAAAGUGGAGCCUGGAAUAAGGGAGGAGAGGGGAUUGGGAGUGAGGCGAAUGGGGAGAAACCAUUUAUUUUGGACUAAAGAAGACAUUGGGGGCAGGGAUAAAGAGAGAGGUGUAGAGAACAGGCAAUGAGAAGGCUAGGAAUACUACAGAGUUGAAAACAGGAGAAAGCUAGAGAGUUAGAAUUGAUGGAAUAUGGAGAAGUAACAUGGCUCGUCUACUGACCCUCCCCAUCAUUUGAUGUCCCAGCAAGAAUGGAGUCUUUCCUUGGUGGUGGUCUUUUGCCCUACCUUUUCAUUAUCGACUCACCUUAGUCUUCCAGCAGCUUCAUCUUAGUUAAGCAAUGACUUCUUGAUGAUGAUGAAGAUGAUGAUGAUUGUGGUGGUGAUGAUGAUGGCAGCCAUGGUGGUGAUGACAGAAGAGUAAGUGGAACAUUUAGCAAGUCACUGGUGCUCUUUGGGGCCAGGGUACCCUAAGAGAUCAAUGAAGUUCCAAUGAAAUUGCAAAUGCUGUGUUGAAACAGUGGUUGAUUUGAAAAAGAAAAGAAAAGUGAAACCAGGUACCAGCAUCAGGUCAAAGAACCUUGUGUUGUGUUGAGGAGAUCAGCCAGCUUGGAAUCAAGAGACACUGCCUCUCUGAGCCUCAGUUUCCUCAUCAGUUUGUGGGGCGGUGCUGGACAAGAUGGUAUUUCACAUCUGUCUGCUCUUCCCUUCUUGUGUUCUGUAGACUGGUCCAAUAAAUAUGGA